AUGGCAUCGACGUCAGAUGUGCAUGGCUCUUCUCCGGUUCCGACUCUGCCUCAGCCGAAUGAAAGCAACCGUGCCCAUAUGUCAUCGCUUUCCUCAUCCUCUUCCAUAUCCGACGCGGAAACCGAUCGAAGGGGUCGCCCCGAACGUCCGCGUAUGGCUAGUCGAAAGCCGAGCGCUUCAAUAUUAGUACCUCGGGAUCACCCAGAAAUUGAAAUCGAAGAAGAAGAAUUCCCCCCCGACGACGCGCGAGCCAUGAGUCCUCGCCGCAACUCCGCAGACCUUGAGCGACUGGGCAAGGAGGCCAGACAAACCCUUCAGGAACAAGCGAAGGCCCUCCAGUCGUCUCUUCAAGCCCUAGCUGAACGAAUUGAUGCUGUGAAAACAGAUCACGACAAACUCGAGAACGAAAACAGAUUCCUGCAAGACUACAUUGGUGGAUUAACACGAAAUAUGAAGAGCGAGAUGUCGAGGUCCAGUACCACCAAAGUCAAGAAGUCACAUAAGUAG